ACGCAGCUCCUCUCGUUUGCUUUACGCCAGGUCAUAAAACGAGCGCCUAUGUCCGUUGCUCUCAUAACGUGUUCAAAGGACAUGUAGAAGUUACAUGCUUGCCCUGUCUGUCUAACAGCAGAGUUUACCUGUUUGUCCAUCGAGAAAACAGCUGUCAGCUCACCAGGAUGUUUAACAGAAGUAACAAUAACAUCAGAUAUAUACUGAGCCUUGUCCCGGGCAAACGGCGUCUUGGGACGUACCGGUUUCUUCCCAUCUUCUUUUGCAUCGGAGGCGUCAUGGAGUGGAUCAUGAUCAACGUCAGGAUAGGAAAGGAGACUUUCUACGAUGUCUACCGCAGAAAACAAUCAGAACGGGAGUACCAGCAGAAGAUAGCAGAUGGUUUGGUAGUUCGUAAUGAGCCUGCAGCGAAGUGAACGAUGCUCUGUUUCAAUGUGGACUUCACAUGUGUCGUCUGGGGACACAUUCUUGGACAUUCGCUCCCUUAUUUGUUUUCCAAAGGCUGGAAUGGACUUCAUAGCAUGUUACUGGGUUACACAACCGUACCGCAGUUAUGAAGGAGUCGAGGCUGAUGGAAAAACAUGCAAGUUUUAUUGUUAAUAUGAUCUCAAGGUUAGAAAACAGUAGCAGUAAUAAAACCACUGGUGUGAGAUCAAAUGUAACGAUGUAAUCUCAACAAUGGCCUUAUAUUGAUUUGACAACAAGUUAAUGUUGAUGUGUUACAAUAAAAACAUUUCAGAGCACCUGCCAAGACAAAA